AUGCCCAACAAGACCCACGAUUACGGUGACCUUCGCAUUACCCUGACGUCCGAGUUCGACUGGCGCUGGGAUGACACUGGCACUGGCGCGCGUCGUGACGGUGCCUUUUGGCAUCCCAAGCCACAGGACGAUCUGCGCCCUGUUGGGAGCGUUGUCUUCGAAGGCCACCCCAACCCUAAUAACAAUUGGGCCGCCCUUCUGAUCGGCGACAGCCGGCCUCCACACGCGCGCCACAGCCCGGCCGUCCGCUCGCCAGAGCGCUACGAUUGGGUCUGGAGCGACAAGGGCAGUGGCGGCAAGCACGACGUGUCCGUCUGGCGACCCGUGGCCCCGGCUGGCUAUGUUGCGCUGGGCGAUGUGGCCGUCCGGGGCGGCAGCGCGCCAGGCAUCGACGAGAUCUAUUGCGUGCGCGAGGACCUGGUCAGGCCUGCCACCUACGAGGACAAUCCGACCUGGGACGACAAAGGCUCGGGUGGCAAGUGGGAUGCGUCCUUCUGGAGGAUCUAUCCGCGCGCGCCCAGUGCCAGUGACGACAAGGAAUGGAUCCCGGUGGUGGCAGGCUCGUUCCGCUUCAGCGCCGGGUACGGCCAGCCCAGCUACACCCUUGCCCGGGUGCCGCUGCUGCAUCUGCCGCCCAGGCUCAAGGAGUUCUCGAACGAGCCUCCCGCGCUCGCCCCGGAUAGGAUUCCGGAGAACGGCGAAACGUUUAACAAGAUGGAGCAGUCUUCGAUCACGCUGCCUUUUACCUCCUUCUUCGAUCCCAACGAUCGCAUUAGCCUCGACAACAUCCACAACCCCUUCUGCACCGUCACCAAGAACGUCGCAUGGGUCGUGCACGAAAAGGCCACUAACAACACGGCGAGCCCAGCCACGACCAAUAUCACUAUCACGAAGGGCGGGCGCCAGUCAUUCUCGCGAGAGAUGGAACACCAGGCCGGUAUAGAGAUCGAGAAAGAAGCCGGCGUCUUUGGCCUCGGAAAGUUCAAAGUCACCCUCAACUAUCAGUUCAGGUAUUCGGAGACCAGCGCCUCCGAGAUUUACAAAGAGCAAACCAUCCACCAAUCGGUCACUAUCCCCCCUCAUCAUGUCUGCGUCAUUUGGGUCCGACGCGCCGAAUUAUAUGCCCGCCGCUCCGACGGCUCCCAGAUCACCACCCAACUGAACUUCUCCACCAAUGAAGAGUUUGCUAUCUCCGAGGUGCCGAUUAGGGCGUAG